GUUUUGAAGAAGCCACUGAAUCAAUUCUAUGGAAAAACUGUGCAACUUCAAUCGUCGUCUUCUACUCUUUUCUUUACUUAUAUUUCCUAUCCUCGUAAUUUCAAAAACAAUGCCAACCCAAGAUGAGCAAUCCGAAAUCAUCUCAAGAUUCCAAGAAUACCUCAGAAUCAACACAGCUCAACCAUCCCCAGACUACGAUAAAUCCACCCAAUUUAUCCUAACCCAAGCCAAAUCCCUUUCUUUAGAAUUCCAAAUCAUAGAGUUCGUCAAAGGCAAACCACUCGUCAUCCUCAAAUGGCCAGGCUCCGACCCUUCCUUCCCUUCUAUCCUACUUAACUCCCACACCGAUGUCGUCCCCUUCGAACAUUCCAAGUGGAUUCAUCCUCCUCUUGGAGCCCAUAUCGACGAACAAGGCAAUAUCUUUGCUCGGGGAUCCCAGGAUAUGAAGUGCGUUGGGAUGCAGUAUCUGGAGGCUAUUCGUAAGUUGACGAUUUUUGGGUUUCAGCCGAAACGGUCUCUUUACUUGUCGUUUGUCCCCGAUGAGGAGAUUGGUGGCCAUGAUGGUGUUGAGAAGCUUGUUUACUCUGAUGUCUUCAAGAGUAUGAAUGUUGGUAUAGUGCUUGAUGAAGGGUUGGCUUCGCCUAAUGAGAAUUUUAGGUUAUUCUAUGCGGAGAGGAUAACGUGGUGGCUGGUGAUAAAGUCUACGGGAGCUCCCGGACAUGGGGCGAAGCUUUAUGACAAUAGUGCAAUGGAAAACCUUUUCAAGAGCAUUGAGAUUAUCAGGAGGUUCAGGGCCUCACAGUUCGAUUUGGUCAAAGCUGGUUUGAAGAGUGAAGGGGAUGUCAUUUCGGUUAACAUGGCCUCACUUAAGGCCGGCACGCCUUCUCCCACUGGUUUUGUUAUGAAUUUGCAGCCAUCUGAAGCAGAAGCUGGUUUUGACAUUCGAGUACCACCAACAGCUAAUACAGAAUCCUUGGAGAAACGGAUAGCCGAGGAAUGGGCACCGGCUUCUAGGAACAUGUCAUUUGAGUUUAAGGAAAAGGAUACUACCGUUGAUCACUUGGGAAGGCCGCUCAUAACUGCCACCGACAGUUCUAACCCAUGGUGGACUCUGUUGGAAGAAGCUAUCAAGAAAGCUAAUGGAAAGGUCGGGAAGCCAGAGAUUUUUCCGGCCUCUACAGAUGUUUUCUAUUUUCGGCAAGUGGGCCUUCCAGCUAUUGGUUUUUCACCUAUGGCUAACACUCCUAUUUUGCUUCAUGACCAUAAUGAGUUUCUAAACCAAGCUGAGUACUUGAAAGGAAUCGAUGUGUACGCGUCCAUUAUUCAAGCAUAUACGUCAUACAUCCCGUCUCGAAGAGAUAGCCUUCCGAGAGACGAGUUAUGAAGGAUAAGCACGGGAGUAUCUUCUUCCUCAAGUGAGAACUCCUAGUUUCUCUUGCUGCCUUGUAGUACUAGACCUUAAUGGUAGUAGAGCUAAGGUUAGCCUAGUAAUGUAUCAUUAGCAACGGAAGCAAUUCAUCAUGCCGCUUAUGGAUGAUGGUUUAUUUGAACCUUCCUGAUGAGAUUUUCAUAU